AUGCCAAGACCGUCGAAGGAGUCUUACAGUGGCGAGCAGAAGCCGCCGUACUCUUAUAUUUCGCUAACCGCGAUGGCUAUUUGGUCUUCCAAGGAGAAAAUGCUCCCGUUGGCGGAAAUUUAUCGGUUUAUUGCUGAUCGCUUUCCUUACUAUCGACGCGAUACAAGAAGAUGGCAAAAUUCUCUGAGGCAUAAUUUAUCUUUUAAUGAUUGUUUUAUUAAGGUACCGCGCAACCCUCAUACCCCAGGAAAGGGGGCAUAUUGGGCCCUGCACCCAGCAGCACUGUCAAUGUUCGAAAACGGGUCGUACCUGCGUCGCAGGAAGAGAUUCAAGCUUCCAAAAUCGCUGAAAGAAGAGAGCCAAGUGUUGGCAGAGACAGCAGCGAGACUGGCAUCGAGCAACUCUAAUUCCUGCUCGGAGUUCCCGGUCAUAAAUCACUACCCAGGCUCGCAUCAUCAAUCUACCCAUCAUCACGACAAUCCUCACCUUUAUCAAGAUCAAAAUUUCGCAUUAACUCAACGUCAGCUAGAUUUUCUUAAUUUUACAUCAAUAACCGGUCUCUCCUCCAUAAAUCACGAUGAAGACAAACUCUCCCCCCGGAAUUCGGGCCUCUCUUCAAUGACAACCGAUCACCAGUUAUUAUCUUCCUCUUCAAACAUCGUUGCAAUGGAGAGCGAAAUCUCCGGAGCAACAAUCGGAACCAGGGAUCCAGAUCGAGAGAGGGUGACGAUAAAAAAACCAAAGCCUCUUGUGUGCAAACCGGCGAAAUCAUUCAAUAUUGAAAGUAUCAUCAAGACCAGUAGCCCGAGCGAGCAACGACCCUCUAGAUUGGACCUAGAAACAAUCGACCGCGAUCCAGUCCCAGAACUUCCACUUCAAAUUCAAGCCCAGAGCCAAAAUCUUCUCCCCUGGCACUCGAGCUUAUACUCAAAUUUAAACCCCCUGGAAAACUACUCCCUCAACCUCAACCAAGCCGCAGCAUUCUACGCCACAGCCCUCGCAACCGCGAAUUUAUUCGCCCUGCAUCCAGGAUACCCUUCAAAAACUUCUUUCACCGAAGGAAUGAUGAACUCUUCCUUGUACAACUUCUAUCCAGGACUUCCAAGCCUUCUGAGACUGGAGCCUACGGCAGGUCUUCCGACACUGUUUCCUCCCAGCGCAGAAGAAGGCUCACUAGAAAUACGGGAGGUCAAUCCUUAUGAAGAUAAUUGUAGCAAAGAUUUAACGUGA